AGAGUCGUACGUGGCGUCGCAUUGCCACGGCCAAUCAAACGAGAAUAAGAGAAAGGGGAAAAAGCGGCUGCUGCCACUAACGUUGGAGCUACCGUUUUCUUUCUUCCUGUCUCUCCUCUCUCUUCACAGCUGUCCUCUGAGGCUGUGUGACUUGUGCUGAGAAGUUUCUGCACACUGCCCAGUUUUAUCAUUCCCCACCACCGCAAAGAGAACCGUGCCAUCUCAGAUGCUGAAGCGUAGUCGCGUGGCGCAUGAGCUGGCGAGCGGCAUCAACGUCGGUCGCCUCCGCCUCGCAGAGCAGUUCGGCGCGAUGGAGGGCUGGCAGCGGCAGCAGGACGACCGCUUCGACACGUACGUGAAGGAAAAGCGGCAGAAAGAGUAUUUUGACGCCUUCGACCAGCGAGUCGAGCGUGCCUUUCGCGUGGCCGCCAAGUCGCAUAAGGCGGAAGUGAUGAACGCUUUUAAACGGAAGGUGAAGGCCGGCAAUGACAAGUGGACGGCCGCGGUCAUGCUGGAGGUGAAGUCAGCCGUGGAGGAGCGCCUGCGGUGGCUGCGGGAUGUGUGGACGCAAGUUGAUGCGGACUACCGCAGCAACGACGCACAGCGGCAGGCCAAAGCGGCGCAGGAGAUCUCCGACGCACUGCGGGGAGAGCCAGGGGCGUACAUGCAGUGGGUGUACGAGCGCAAACGCGAUGACCGCUUUCUGGGUCCCAAGGAGAAGGCCACGCGCGAGGCGGAGCUUAGCGCGGCGGAGCUGCCUGAGGUCACGGAGGAUGAGGCGAACCGCUACCACAACCUCCCCCUCCGCAUGGCGGACGUGGAGUACAACGUGAAGAGCCGCUUUGGCGUUGCUGGGCAGCAGCACUGGGCGCAGCUGCAGGCCGCGAAAGACAACGCCUACGAACAGAAGCUGGACACGGCGGCGAAGGUGUACGAGCAGCUCAUGGAUCAGAGCGCGCGCUACGACGAGAGCAGGCGCACCGCCCUCCUGCGGAGCAAUGUGGAGCGGGUGCACCAAGCGCAGCUGCGCUUUAAGGCCUCGAUGGAGAUGGAGAAGGAGCGAGAGAAGUUGGUAGAGGCGCACGAGGCGAUGGAGGCGGAGCGCAAAGCGCAGGAGAAGGCCGACCGGAUUGCCGCGCUGCACGAGGCCGCGGAACUGCGUCGAAGCGGGGCCACAUCCGAGGCGGUACUGCAGCUGGCCCGGCAGCGUCAACUGGAGCUACACGCCCGGCGGCAGGCGGAGUAUCAACUGCGCGAACGCGAGGCACUGCUGGAGAGAAAGAGCCACUAUUUGGACAUGAUUGAGAAGUUCCGUGACGAGGUGGAGAUGCGGGAAGGACAGGAGAUGCUGCAGCCACAGCCUCAGCCCGGUGCACAGGGUCGUCUAGCUGUCAAGCCCGCCCCAAAUGUGUUCGGCUUUAUGGACGCGGAUCGCUUGCCGAACGAUUCGCCGGUGGCCGUGGCUGGCGUCACCUCGUCAUCUGCGCUGGCUGCGGAGCACAACGGCAGUAGCACAACUGGCGGUCUCUCUUCGGGUUCUACGUCAUCACAGCUGUCCACCACGGCCUCCCGGGCGGGCACCUCCCGUAAAGGGGAGCUGUGGAGAAAAAUUGAGCAGGACCACUACGAGGAUCCUUUCCGCACCAUUCACCAAGCACGCCUGGACGCCGUCUCCACCUUCGACCCGGUGUACACGAAGCACUUCCCCACAACCAUGGCUCAAGGGAAGAAGUACUCGAAGCAAGGCACGGGCGAGAUGGCGGCCGGAGGCGACAUGGACAAACAGGUGCUCAAGCAGGCCAACAAGAUAAUGUCCCCCUACCACUGGGGAGUUUCGCCUGGCGUUGUGCACGACAUCGACGCAGACGGCAGCAACGACUACUACUUUGGACCCGAGUGGCACGUGCGAGACCCCAAGACGGGCGACGUUGAUUGGCGCUAUGAGCGGAAACGGGGCGGGGCGGUCUUUCGCGGUCCGCUGCUGUACCGCAUGGGCGCGGAGCGAGAAGCCGCGGAUUUGGGCAACGCCUCGGUGGACCCAUCCCCGGCGACGGUGCGCCGCUUCAACCCGGCUGCGCAUGCAGCGAAGAUCCGGAAGUCUCCCCUGUUACCACGCCCGCUACCGCGAGCUUCAGAGACACCACGUACAGUCGUCGCGCCGCACAGGAAGGCCACAACACCUGCGCUGCCGCACUGGCGGAGCAGCUAA